AUGACCUCCAAUGCAGACACCGGCUCUCCACUCGCGUUCUUCAAAAGAAGGGAAGGCAAGAUGAAGAGCUCUUUGUUGCUGUGCGUGGCCUUGGCCAUCUCCUUGGGGUUCAUCCUUGUGGCAGGUGAUCCACAGGACUCUGAGAACAAGGAACAUGUGCUGGUCAAUAACAAGUGUCAGUGUGUAACAGUGACCUCAAAGUUCGUCCCCUCCAAAGAAAAUCCUAAUGAAGAAAUCCUGGAGAGAAACAUACGCAUCCUAGUCCCCCUGAAGGCUCGAGAGAACAUCUCUGACCCCAUGUCCCCACUCAGAACCACUUUCGUCUACCGCAUGACUGAACUCUGCAAAAAAUGCAAUCCUGUAGAAAUUGAGCUGGGUGGUGAGAUAUACCAGGCCCAGCAGAGCACCUCCUGCAACGAACCUGAAACCUGCUACACUUACAACAGGGACAAGUGCUACACCACAACCUUCCCUUUCAUUUACCACGGGGAGACGAGAGAUGUUAAAGCAGUUCUGACGCCAGCAUCCUGCUACGCCGAUUAGCAAAAUCCACUGCUAUACUAAUGCCUCAUUGCACUCAGUGUUCCUAUCAAAAAUACAUGUAUAGCACCAUAGUACCUGGAUGACAGUGUCCAAAAUAUCAGCUCCCAGAGUAAUGCCAGCUCGCCUCUUCAUAUUGUUUUCAACAUCAGACUAGUGCCAUCUCCCAAGAGACUGGUUGUCAUAGGCUGACUCUGUUCUCAUAUUCCUGGAACAUAUCUGCAAUGCCAUUAUUAUACAUCUCAUAUGUUAUCACAUGAUACAGACCAGAUCCUCAGCAGGUAUAAAUCAGUAAUUCCCCUGAAGUCAAGGAACCUGUCUUUUUGACAGUUUUCCACCGGUCUUCAUCUAAACAAGGCUACCACGGGCAUCAGCAGGAAUGUCCGUGUACUUCCCUCCAUGAGCAAUGUAAAGCAAACCUCUGCACAACCUUUAUACAAGACCCUUUGAUUAGAUUAGCAGAAUUUGUGCCAUUAUUAGAAGGCUCUUGUACAAUCAUAUUUGAGAGAUAAGAUGGGGGAAUGAGACCAAGAAUUCAGAUUUCAACGUUACUUUACAAUUGGGCA